UCCACGCUAUAAAACAGAUCUCUACAGUAGCCCUCGACUACCUAAAUAUCAAUUAUAUUAAUAUCUAAAAUGUUUUCGGGUUUGUCCGCUGAUUGCGCCCGUAUGGGGUUUGUUUUUCAAUGGGAUCCAGCGAGGUAAGAGGUAAGAAAGAGAGAGCGGGCGGCAAAAACCAAAGCAAGACAUUCAAUUACACAGAUUGCGGGUGACAUAGUGGCGGGGCCUAGAUAAGAUUCGUGAAUACAGGGUGCCCUUUAGGCCAUUUAAUAGGGCGCGGAGUGAUUUCGACACUCAAAUCGCUGGUGCAUCCUGUAUAGUUUAUCAAUUUUAAAGAGGUUGCCAAUGCUCGACUAGAACUGUUUGUCCAAAUCAUAUAUAAUCAGUUAAACGCCAGAUUUUGAGCACGCCAGUUAGCAGGAGAAUCAAGUUGUUGAGCAGUCACAAUUUCGAUUACACAAUUUCAAGUAGCCACGAAAUUUGCGCAUUCCACAAAUCACACAGUGCGAGAGUGAGAGAGGGAGAAAUGUUGAUGCUGCAACGUAUCCAUCAGUUACUCUUAUACGCCUUCUGUCUGCUGGCCCUCGUUGUGUUCUGUGCUCCGGCACCGAGUGAAUCACGACGCGUGAUCUUCAUGGCACCCCCGGGCAUUCAUCGGGGACAAAUACUGGCCACACAUGGCCUGGAGAAGCCCUGCCAGAAAUGCCAUAUGCGAGAUCAUCGUGGCAAUUGUCGGCGCAUCAUUUCAUAUAGUUCCGAUGGCGCAAAGUGUUGACAUGAAGGUCGGAGACUAUCAACCCGAAUCUCUAUCAGAAACCUACCACAACAAAAGCGCAUCAUUAAUCGACUAUUUAUUCGCUUUCGAUAAAUUAUUUAUUACAUUUUAGUUUCACACCAAUUUUUAUGUGUCUCGUAAUUAAAUUAUGACAUUUUGCAAGCAUUUUAAAUUGCUUUGCUUCCUAAAUUUGCUUCGUUUUUUUUGUUUAACGGUCUCCAGAAAUUACUACAAAAGUGUAUUUAUUAUCUUGCCAAGUUAAGAUUGUGAAAGUGAUUGUGCCUGACAAUUAGAAGUGCUCAUAUAUCCGGCUCAAUACCAAAUUGAGUUAACAGACAUACUGAUUUAUCUCUGUUGCCAUAACACUCGGCAGAAAUUGGUAUUAAACGCAUUAAACGUGUAAAAGUGCCAGAGAUUCAAAUAUAAAAGAAUAUAAAUUACUUAAUAACUUAAUGCUAUUAAAAAUAUAAAUAAGACACAAGAUUCGGACAUUCAAGAGACACUACUUAUUUAAUAGUUUAUGGUCAAUUUUUUUUUUAUUAAUUUAUUAUUUGUGUUAUGAACAAUUAAAUGAACUUUUAGCUCAGUCAUGGACUAGAGCAAAAUUCAGAAUCAUGUGCUAUUUUAAUGAAUCAUUUGUUAUAUACUUGACCUUAUACUUAAAUUGAAAUAAAUGUUGAAAUGU